CGUGCGGGCGGAGGUGCCGGAUGGCGCCGGCCGGGCCCGGGCCGGUGUCACAGCGCGGGGCCCAUCGGGGGCUGUCGAGGGCCGGGCCGGUGUCACAGCCCGGGGCCCAUCGGGGGCUAUCGAGGGCCGGGCUCGGGCCGGUGUCACAGCCCGGGGCCCUGCCGGUUGUAGUGGUUUCCAUUCAGCCCUCGGUGUUUACCCCACGAUCGGCGUCUUCCUCAGGCAAACAAGGCUUUAGGCCUGAAGGUGAAGCAGCCACAGCCCGGCCUCUUGUCUACGGUUGAAAAGAUGGGGAAUGCUGAAAGCAAUGCCUAUCAGAAUCACCUUUCCAGAUUUCUUCCAGAGGAGCAGUCUGACAUUGAUGGACUGUUUGACACCUUAUCAGGAUCCAGUGGCUCGUCUGGAGCAAAAAAUGCCAAAGCUGCAAAGAAGACUGUGACUCUGGCAGCACUACAGGCACACACCCGGGAGCCCCUGCCAGAGGCAAUGACUGCUCGGUUGUACAAUGGGAUGAAAAGCAUUGACCUGCCUGGAAAAUCAGCCGGGCUCAGUGAACAGAUUGCCAAGGAGCAGUUUGUAAUUUUUAUGUCAAACCUCCUAAAAGGGAAUGCAGAUGAGAAGAUUAGCAUCAUAAUGAGAAUGAUCGCCAGGACGGGAGGGCCUCUGAAGGGCAAACAAAUCCAAGAGUUCACAGAGGAUCUGAUCACAUCUGUAGUCCAUGUACUGAGCUACAGGAAGGAGCUGAAGGGUUGGAGUUUGGAGAAUACAAGGGAUUCUUCAAGUGGAGUCAAAGCUUUGGCUUCUGAGCUGCUCUCAGAGUUGAAGCUUCCAGAUGGGACAAAACCCGUGGGUUCUCAGCUGCUGGAGACAAGUUUUGACCAGAGUGUCAUUGAGGACUGGGUGUACAGAGUCCCCCAGAUCUCAGUUUUCCUCAGUGUUGUCAUCAGGCAAGGCCUCCACGUCCUGCAUUCCCUCCCAGACCAAACCAACGACAUCCUCAACCUGGUUCCUCACUGCAAAGGCAUCAAAGGAAGAGGAGUUGUCAGUCUCUUUGACAUCCCAGCCAUCAUCUACAUCAACUCCCACCUGCCUGCAGAGAUGCAGCACAAGUGGCAGCUUUUAUUUUCCUCCAGGCUCCACGGGGAAAGCUUCUCCCAGCUCUGUGCCCAUAUAGUGAGCAAAGGUCCUUGCAUAGUGAUCAUAAGGGACUUGGAUGGUUUCAUCUUUGGUGGGUUUGCAUCUCACUCCUGGGAGGUGAAGCCUCAGUUUCAAGGUGACAACAGAUGCUUUCUGUUUUCUGUUUCCCCCACUCUGGCUGUGUACACAUACACAGGCUACAAUGACCACUACAUGUAUUUAAACCAUGGCCAACAGACUAUGCCAAAUGGACUUGGCAUGGGUGGGCAGCAUGGCUACUUUGGGCUCUGGAUAGACAGUGACUAUGGGAAGGGCCACAGCAAAGCCAAACCUCGCUGCACCACCUACAACAGCCCCCAGCUGUCAGCCAAAGAGGAUUUCACCCUGGAUGCCAUGGAAGUUUGGGCAGUGGGAGAUGCCCCUGAGAGUGCAGGGAAGAAAGGUAAGAAGAGUAUCCUGGAUGUGGAUCCUCAGGCUCAGGCCUUGCUGGAAAUGGCUGGGAAAAGCCGUCAGAGCGAGGGCCUGCGGGAGCCCGUGGAAGAGGAGGAAGGUGAUGAUGAUGAGAACUAAAGGAGCCACAGUAACAUGUAAAAACUUCACUUUUGUUUUCUUCAAGUGCUGGUGAUGUUCCUUGGACAAGAUAUUCCUUUUUUUUCCCUCCUUGAAUGUACCUAAUUGUCUGGGACAAAGCUGAAGCCUUGUACUUGUGUAAUAUUUAGGUGUAAAGCACUAAUCUGCCUGCAGGGUUUUGUGUGGGGAGGACAGAAAAAUUACCUGGGGACAUAAUCAUUAGGCAUGGCUGAGCUCCAGCUGAAUAUGAAUCUGCUUCCAUUCCCCAUAGAUCAUGUCUGCACACUGAAUUAAAAGCAGCAGAAGUUAUUGACAGUGUGGCAUUCUGUCCUGGAGAAUUGAUAUGUACAUAGUUGUAUAUUUAUAAAACCUGUUCCAGGCACUGAUUAAAGCUCUUAUACCUCAACUGCACAUAUUUAUUUGCAUGCAAUGGAAUUAGUCAGCAAAGCUUACAAACUGUAACAAUGUCUUACACUGUUGAACAUAGAAUAGCCCACAUGAUGCCAUAUGAAGGGUGCUAUAAAUCUGCAUUGCUUCAGUUAAAGCAUUAAAUUUCAAGCUUUCUAAGUCAGAUUUUCAGCAGCUGAUUCCACAUGAGCUGUAGGAUGUUACACAACAAGUUUUAUAGUACUACACUCUCCCUAGUGCAUUUCUCUUCACCUGUUUCUGCAGAAACUUGUCUGUUGCUUUGUAAACUUAGACCAGAAUCAUUGGAGCCAUAUUUAUCCUAAAAAUACCUCCAGCAGAAUUCUCUAGAGAAGGUAGAUUCUUCAGUGGCCACAUGAGACUGGAG